AUGGCGUGUGUACAUAUGGCUUCGGCUGAUCUCAGGCCGCCAACAGCGAACCAGUCUGUUUACCGUGAAGACUGUACUCUAUGUUUUGACUCGAUAGAUAACGAGUCUGGGUUAAACGUUUGUCUGCACUGCUUCAACGGAGGUUGUGCAGGAGAGAGAAAGCAUGCCCCUCUUCACAGUCGCCGUCAUGGCCACCCGUUGGCACUGAAUAUCAAGAGAACGAGAAAACAGGUAGAACGUGCCGAACCACCAGUGAAGAUGUCAAAGCUUGCUAUUGAAGCGAGUUCUGAGGAUGAUCAAUACGAUGUAGCUACAAAGGUAGUUUGCCUCGAAUGCGGUGUCGACAAGGUCGAAGAAUGCCCGCAAAAGAUAGCUGAAGUUGUCGAUAAGCUCAUGAAAGCUCCUACUUUCUCCCGAAAAGAAGAGGUCAAGGCGUGGGAGCAGGAGCUUAUCCCCUGUGAGCACACCACGGGCCUAGUGCAGGGUUCCAACCAGGGUAUUAGAAUCAGAGAACCCUCCAAGUGCUAUGGAUGUGACCUGACAGAGAACCUUUGGCUAUGCCUCGAGUGCGGUACCGUUGGCUGUGGACGGGCCCAAUUUGGCGGCAUAGGUGGUAAUUCGCACGCCCUUGCCCAUUCAACUGAGAAAUCGCAUGGUGUAGCGGUCAAACUUCGAUCUAUCACCCCCGAAGGCUCUGCUGAUAUUUACUGCUAUACCUGCAACGACGAGAGAACCGACCCGGAACUGGCACAGCAUCUAUCCCAUUGGGGAAUCAAUAUUACUGAACAAGAGAAAACCGAGAAAAGCUUAACAGAACUCCAGAUUGAGCAAAACCUCAAAUGGGAUUUUUCAAUGACAUCUAAUGAUGGGCAGGCGUUGAACCCGGUCUUUGGCCCAGAGCUUACCGGUCUUAAGAAUCUUGGAAACAGCUGUUACAUGGCCAGCGUCUUACAAUGUCUCUUCGCAUUACCAGAAUUCAAAAAUCGCUAUUAUAAACCCAACGAAGAGCCUCCUUCUUCCUCUGCCCCUGCCGAGGACCUCGAGACCCAACUAAGAAAAAUUGCAGAUGGUCUUCUCUCGGGACGUUAUUCUGUGCCUGACCCCGCAGCUGGAAAUACCACUGACGUCGUUUACCAGCGUGGAAUCUCUCCGUCAAUGUUCAAACAUUUGAUCGGGCGUGGUCAUCCCGAAUUUUCGACGAUGCGCCAGCAAGAUGCGUUCGAGCUGCUCUUACAUCUCUUCAAGAUCAUCAGCGUAUCUCCACACCCUGCCACUAGCCCGAACCCGGUUGAGUCUUUCCGGUUCGCCGUUGAACAGCGAUUGCAAUGUACCUCAUGCCUCAAGGUGCGAUAUAAAGUUGACGAGCAAGACAACAUUUCGGUUGAGGUUCCCGCAAUACGACUCAACCAUUUUAUGCCUGGCCCUGGAUCGGAUCAGAUGUGGGAAACAGUCCCUCUCCAAGAUUGUAUUGACUUGUUCACGAGAAAGGAGGACGUUGAGUUAACUUGUUCGGGCUGCGGUAAUAAAUGCUUCUCUAAACAAUCACUGUUUAAGACGCUUCCACAGAACCUGGUCGUGAAUGCGCGACGAUGGGAAGUGGUCAACUACGUACCAAUGAAGCUCGAUAUUCCAGUUGUGGUUGGUAAUGAGCCACUUGACUUGACCAAGUAUCUCUCGCCCGGUAAACAGGACAAUGAGGAGUUGUUGGAGGAUGAAUCUGGUAGUGCCCCCGAAUUUGUACCUAACCCAGAGGCAUUCACAGCUUUAAUCGGUAUGGGCUUCCCUGAAAAUAGGGUAAAAAAGGGACUGUACAAUACUGGAAACUCGGACCAGGAGGCUGCAUUGAAUUGGAUACUCGGUCACAUGGAUGAUCCCGAUAUUGACGCACCUAUGGCUUCUACCACAAGCUCAGCCGGAGCUCAGAAACCUUCUGAUGGAGACGAUAAAAUCAAUCAACUAGUCGACAUGGGCAUUGAGCGACCUAGGGCAGAGAGGGCCUUGGGAGCCACCAACUGGGACGUGACGAGAGCUUUGGACUGGGUCUUUAGCCAUCCAGACGAGCCCUCUGAGCUAAAUCCUACAGCUUCCGCUAGCGGCUCGGCACCGUCUGCCGCCAUUCCUGGAUCCAGCCAAAAACCAGCCUUGUUUGACCUCCAAUCCAUCGUCUGCCACAAGGGCACCUCGGUUCACGCAGGUCACUACGUCGCCUUCAUCCGAAAGCAAGUCCCGUCAGAGAAUAAGCCUAAGUGGAUUCUAUUCAAUGAUGAGAAGGUUGUUGCUGAAGCCGGCGAUGUCGAAGAGAUGAAGCAGUUUGCAUAUAUUUACGUAUUCCGUCGCGUGUAA